AGCUCGGCCGGCAACCCUCCCGGGGCUCGGCUCAGCGCUGUCAUGGCGGCAGAGAGCAGCAGCAGCAGCAGCAGCAACUCUUCCUAAGGCAAGCCAAGCCAGGCAGGCAGGAAGCAAGCAAGCCAUGGAGGAGCCCAGAACGGCGUCCAGGGUGGAGUGAGGAGGAGCCGCGCGGAAAACUUCAGGUCCCUUGGCUCAGAUUGAAGAGACCACUGUCCAUAUUCUGGUGCCGGGGAAGGAAGGACAAGGUCUGCGGAGGAAACUAAAGUGUGUUCCAGAUACUUCACAAACUGGAUCUGAAGACCUAAGCUGCAGGCUGAGUGACUUAUUUCUGGACGGCCAGCUCCAGCUGGCGGCUUGGAAGCAAACUAGCCAUGGCUAGUGAAGACAAACAGGUUUCUUCGCCCCGACCAACAGGUGACGAAGGAGGAGGAGGGCUUGGUGGUGGAGGGGGAAAAGAAGGAAUCUCGCCCGAAAUGGAGAGCAACAUGCAGCCUUUGAACCCAGGAAUCCCUAUCCGUGGCAUCAGGAUGAAAUUUGCUGUGCUGUCAGGACUUGUGGAAGUUGGCGAAGUGUCCAAUAGGGAUAUUGUAGACACUGUAUUUAAUCUGCUUGUAGGAGGUCACUUUGAUCUGGAAAUGAAUUUUAUUAUACAAGAAGGCGAGAGUAUUACUUGCAUGGUGGACUUGUUGGAUAAGUGUGAUGUCACUUGCCAAGCUGAGGUGUGGAGCAUGUUCACGGCCAUCCUGAAGAAAAGUAUACGAAAUCUGCAGAUUUGUACAGAAGUGGGUCUUGUUGAGCACGUGCUUGAGAGAAUUGAUAAAGCCGACAAUAUGAUUGCAGACUUGCUAGUUGACAUGCUUGGAGUGUUAGCAAGCUACAGUGUGACAGUUCGAGAGUUGAAGCUGUAUUUCAGUAGACUUCAAGGAGACAAAGGAAAAUGGCCACCACAUGCGGGAAAGCUGUUGUCUGUAUUAAAACAUAUGCCUCAGAAAUAUGGACCUGAUGCCUUCUUCAAUUUUCCAGGAAAAAGUGCUGCGGCAAUUGCCUUACCUCCUAUAGCCAAGUGGCCCUAUCAGAAUGGAUUUACUUUUCAUACCUGGUUAAGAAUGGACCCUGUAAAUAAUAUCAACGUAGAUAAGGAUAAGCCUUACUUAUAUUGUUUUCGAACAAGCAAAGGACUUGGUUAUUCUGCACAUUUUGUUGGAGGCUGUUUAGUUGUGACCUCAAUUAAAUCAAAAGGGAAAGGCUUCCAGCACUGUGUAAAAUUUGAUUUCAAGCCCCAAAAGUGGUACAUGGUUACCAUAGUGCAUAUCUACAACCGAUGGAAGAACAGUGAGCUCAGAUGUUAUGUGAAUGGAGAACUGGCAUCUUAUGGGGAGAUAACAUGGUUUGUCAAUACUAGUGAUACAUUUGACAAAUGUUUCCUGGGCUCUUCAGAAACAGCAGAUGCCAACAGAGUUUUUUGUGGCCAGAUGACAGCUGUUUAUCUUUUCAGUGAAGCUCUCAAUGCUGCUCAGAUUUUUGCUAUUUAUCAACUUGGUUUGGGAUACAAGGGAACUUUUAAAUUCAAGGGGGAAAGUGAUCUCUUCCUUGCUGACCAUCACAAACAAUUACUGUAUGAUGGCAAGCUCUCUAAUGCUGUUGCCUUUACAUACAACCCAAGGGCUACAGAUGCACAACUCUGCUUAGAAUCCUCACCUAAGGACAACCCUUCCAUUUUUGUCCAUUCACCACAUGCCCUCAUGCUACAGGAUGUAAAAGCUGUGAUAACCCAUUCUAUCCAAAGUGCAAUGCAUUCCAUUGGAGGUGUGCAGGUGCUUUUCCCUCUGUUCGCACAGCUGGACUAUAGGCAAUAUUCAUUGGAUCAACCUGACACAACUGUUUGUUCCAUUCUGUUGGCUUUCAUCAUGGAGUUGCUGAAGAACUCAAUAGCUAUGCAAGAACAAAUGCUUUCUUGUAAGGGCUUCCUUGUCAUAGGAUACAGUCUUGAAAAGUCUUCCAAAGCACACAUCAGCAGAGCUGUUCUAGAACUUUGCCUUGCUUUUGCUAAAUAUCUGAGCAAUUUGCACCAUGGUGUGCCCUUGCUGAAGCAGCUGUGUGAUCACAUUCUCCUUAACCCUGCAAUAUGGAUUCAUACUCCAGCCAAGAUUCAACUGACUCUGUACACUUACUUGUCUACUGAGUUCAUUGGCACAGCUAAUAUAUACAAUGCAAUUCGACGAGUUGGGACAGUUCUACUGGCAAUGCAUACUCUGAAAUAUUACUACUGGGUAGUGAAUCCUCAGGAUCGCAGUGGAAUAAUUCCAAAAGGUUUAGAUGGACCUCGUCCUAAUCAGAAGGAAAUUCUUUCUCUACGAGCCUUUUUACUGAUGUUUGUCAAGCAGUUAGUAAUGAAGGAUCAUGGAGUGAAAGAAGAUGAACUCCAGGGUAUCCUCAACUAUCUCCUCACCAUUCAUGAGGAUGACAAUUUAAUGGAUGUCCUGCAACUGCUUGUUGCUCUCAUGUCAGAGCACCCCAGUUCUAUGAUCCCGGCCUUUGAUCAGAGGAAUGGAUUACGUGUUAUUUACAAACUCCUUGCAUCGAAAAGUGAAGGGAUCAGGGUACAAGCCCUAAAGGUGAUGGGCUAUUUCUUGAAGCAUUUGGCACCCAAGAGGAAAGCUGAAAUCAUGCUUGGACAUGGAUUGUUCUCUCUGCUGGCUGAGAGGCUCACACUUCAGACAAGUUUAAUUACCAUGACAACAUACAAUGUCCUGUUUGAGAUUCUUAUUGAACAGAUUUGCACUCAAGUGAUACACAAGCAGCACCCUGAUCCAGAUUCCACAGUGAAAAUACAAAAUCCUCAGGUUCUGAAAGUUAUUGCAACCUUGUUGCGUCACUCUCCACAGUGCCCAGAAACGAUAGAAGUCCACCGAGUUUUCCUCUCUGAUAUGAUUAAGCUUUUUAAUAGCAGCAGAGACAAUAGGCGGAGUUUACUACAGUGCUCCGUGUGGCAGGAAUGGAUGCUUUCCCUUUGCUACUUCAAUCCCAAAACCUCUGAUGAACUGAAGAUAACAGAAAUGGUGUAUGCCAUUUUUCGAAUUUUACUUUAUCAUGCAAUCAAAUAUGAAUGGGGUGGCUGGCGUGUUUGGGUAGAUACACUAGCCAUUACACACUCAAAGGUAUCCUUUGAAAUGCACAAAGAAAACCUUUCUCAAAUGUUCAGGGAAUAUCAGGAGAAAGAAGAUGAAGAGUGUGGUGUUGGUCCAUCCACCGUAAUUAGAACUGUCUCAGGCACUAGUAGAGAAGUUGAAGUUGCAGCAAGGCAACAACAUUUGGAAAUAAAAGAAAUUGAUAUUUCUAGAAAUGAUGUUGGACAUGAUGAUGUCAAAAACAGUACUCUAAGAGGUGAGGAGGAAUCAUCUGAUUUUGCAGAACCAACCAAUUCAAAAGUGAAUGAAGAAAAUGGUCAGGGAUCCUCAGACGUAAACACAGACACUCGCUUAGAAUUUCCCGUAUCAACUGAAACCAUUCAGCAGAAUUCAGGAGCUACUUCAACUGGAACAAUUGAAACAAACCACAAGGAGGAAAGUGUAACUGUUUCUGAAGCACAGACACCUUCAGAAAAUACAGAUGGAGAGACACUUGAAAGCCCAGAGAUAUUAGAAAAGCUAACACCAGAAGUGGAGGAGGAAGAAGAAGAUUUUGUUGAUUUAAAAGAGGAGAGCAACCUACCAUUUACCUCAGAGGAAUCUGUUCCUAAAACUAAUGAAGAACACACCACAGAGGAAAUCCAGAUAGCACAACCAAUAGCACCAUUGAAAGAAUCUAUUUUAACGGAUUCAGAAUCCAAAAGUGUUGUGGCAUCUGCUGAAACACAACAAGAGCCAGAUUCCUUGUUGGCAAUCAGUGCUUCCGAAGUAAGUGAUGGAAAAGAUCAACCAAAUUCAAAUGCCGUGGAGAAGACAAGUGAAGAAAAUACUGAUCAUCCCCAAAGUAAAACAACUACUGAUAACAUGCCUCCCAAUACUUCAGAAAUGAUGGCUUCAGAAAAGAAAAUUGCUAAACUUGAUGUUUCCAGCGUUGCCUCAGAUACCGAAAGAUUGGAGUUAAAGUCAAACACAACACUGGAAGUAAAUCAGCCUGUUAGGUCAAUUCCUGAGAGACAUCUUCCAAUGGGUUACCAUCAUUCCACACCAUACUUCCUCAAAGGAGGUAGAUCACAUUCAGCAGCAAUAUAUGCACCCUAUGUGACAUCUAGGCAACAAGAACCAUCAGGUCAAAGUAUAGGAGCUGUGUCAGAUGGACAAAGGAGGGAUUCUAGGUCUACCAUGUUCCGUAUUCCUGAAUUUCGAUGGUCACAAAUGCAUCAACGGUUGCUCACAGACCUCCUCUUUUCAAUAGAAACAGAUGUACAGAUGUGGAGAAGCCAUUCCACCAAGACUGUGAUGGACUUUGUGAAUAGCAGUGACAAUGUCAUCUUUGUACAUAACACAAUUCAUCUCAUCUCUCAAGUAAUGGAUAAUAUGAUUAUGGCUUGUGGUGGCAUAUUGCCUUUGCUUUCUGCUGCUACAUCAGCUACGCAUGAAUUAGAAAAUAUUGAGCCAACUCAAGGACUGUCAAUAGAAGCGUCUGUUGCAUUCCUCCAAAGAUUAAUUAGCCUUGUGGAUGUACUAAUAUUUGCAAGCUCUCUUGGUUUUACUGAAAUUGAAUCAGAGAAAAAUAUGUCAUCUGGUGGAAUUUUACGACAGUGUCUUCGCCUGGUGUGUGCAGUAGCAGUCAGAAAUUGUUUGGAGUGUCAGCAGCAGCAUGCUCUAAUGAAACCUAGUGGAGAAAAUGUUAAGUGUCAGAAAACAGCACAAAGCCUGAUAGCGGCAGGAAAGUCUGGAGCAAAGAGUCCAGUUGAUAUUGUAACCGGAGGGAUUUCUCCAAUAAGAGAUAUUGACAGACUUCUUCAAGAUAUGGAUAUUAAUCGGCUUCGUGCGGUGGUAUUCAGAGACAUAGAGGAUAACAAGCAGGCCCAGUUCUUGGCACUGGCUGUAGUGUAUUUUAUCUCAGUCCUCAUGGUAUCAAAAUACAGAGAUAUCUUGGAACCUCAGGAUGAACGUAGGCAACCUCAGUCUGCUCAACCACUCAAGACAGCAAUAACAGAAGCUGAAAGCCCACCUGGAGCUACUACUGCUUUAACUCCUGUACCUGCUGAGGAGUUAGAAAGUGUAACAUCAGUACAAAGACGAGAUUCGGGUAUUGAGGAGGAAGCACCUUCUAGUUUAGAGCAUGAUUCCAAAGUUGUUACAGAAGAAGUACAGCCUGUCAGUGCAGGCCCAGAUGCCGUCAGUGAAGUACUGUGUACACUUUCUUCCGAAGUUAAUAAAUCUCAGGAAAGUAGAAGUGAGUUGCAAAGUGAGGUGGACAGUAACACAUCCUCUUUACAAGCUGCCAAGAAUGUCAAUGUAAAAGACAUCCUAAGAAGCUUGGUCAGUGCCCCUGCAGGUGGGGCCGUAGUUGAUCCUGCUAUUCUUCCACCAACUUUUCUUGGCGUCCUUGGGGAUGGUGUUGCCGAACAACCUGUGCAGUUUCAAUCAUUUGACAGGAGUGUAGUUGUGGCACCAAAGAAAUCGGUGGCUUCAACUACAGCUGCAGUCAACAUGCCCACAAAUGCUGUCAGUGUGGUUUCUUCUUUGGAUUCUGCCCAAACUCCGGACGUAAUCAGAGGAUCUCCUGGCAGUGGAUCAUCGAAUUCAAGGUUACCAUCUGUUCCUACAGUUUCUUCUGUGCCUGAGGAUUCCGCUUCAAACAUGAGUAUUACAGAAAGACUUGAGCAUGCUUUGGAAAAGGCUGCCCCUCUUCUGAGGGAGAUAUUUGUGGAUUUUGCUCCUUUUCUUUCUCGUACGCUUUUGGGUAGCCAUGGGCAAGAGCUACUGAUAGAAGGUACAAGUCUUGUAUGCAUGAAAUCCAGUAGUUCUGUUGUGGAGUUGGUUAUGCUGCUUUGUUCUCAGGAAUGGCAGAACUCAAUACAGAAGAAUGCAGGCCUAGCUUUCAUUGAGCUUGUCAAUGAAGGAAGGUUACUGAGCCAAACAAUGAAGGAUCAUCUAGUGAGAGUUGCAAAUGAAGCUGAAUUUAUCCUGAGUAGACAACGUGCUGAAGAUAUCCACAGGCAUGCUGAAUUUGAGUCAUUGUGUGCCCAAUAUUCUGCAGACAAACGUGAGGAUGAAAAGAUGUGUGAUCAUUUGAUACGAGCAGCUAAGUAUCGAGAUCAUGUGACAGCAACCCAGUUGAUACAGAAAAUCAUCAACAUUCUGAUGGACAAGCAUGGCGCCUGGGGUAAUUCUGCACCAAGUCGUCCUCGUGAGUUCUGGCGCCUUGACUACUGGGAAGAUGACUUGCGGCGCCGACGACGAUUUGUGCGUAACCCCCUCGGAUCGACACAUCCUGAAGCAACAUUAAAAGCAGCCAUAGACCAUGGUCAGUGUAAAAUCUGCUCCUUGCCAAUAGCAGCAGCCCCAGAUGAAGAUGUACUUGUGAAAGGAAAGCAGUCUAUCAGGAGCCAGGCUUUAGGAAAUCAGAACUCGGAGAGUGAGAUUCUUUUGGAAGGCGACGAUGAUACCUUGUCAUCCAUCGAGGAGAAGGAACUGGAAAACUUAACGGGUCCUGUUAGUCUGUCUACGCCGGCUCAGCUUGUGGCCCCCUGUGUAGUGGUGAAGGGCACCAUUUCUAUCACUGCCUCCGAAUUGUAUUUUGAGGUAGAUGAAGAAGAGUCCAGUUUUAAGAAAAUUGACCCCAAGAUACUUGCUUAUACAGAAGGACUCCAUGGGAAAUGGCUGUUUUCGGAUAUUCGAUCAAUCUUUUCUCGACGAUACCUCUUGCAAAACACAGCUCUGGAAAUCUUUAUGGCAAACAGAGUUUCUGUCAUGUUCAACUUCCCAGAUCCUGCAACCGUUAAAAAAGUGGUUAAUUGUCUACCUCGUGUUGGAAUAGGAACUAGUUUUGGACUGCCCCAAACCAGGCGCAUUUCUAUGGCCACUCCACGUCAGAUCUUUAAAGCAUCAAAUAUGACGCAGCGAUGGCAGCACCGAGAAAUUUCUAACUUUGAAUAUCUCAUAUUUCUUAAUACAAUAGCAGGGCGUACUUACAAUGAUUUGAACCAGUAUCCAGUAUUUCCUUGGGUAAUCACAAACUAUGAAUCGGAAGAGUUGGACCUCACGCUUCCAAGUAACUUCAGAGAUUUAUCAAAGCCUAUUGGUGCCCUUAAUCCCAAAAGAGGUGCAUUCUUUGCAGAACGCCAUGAAACAUGGGAAGAUGAGCAGGUUCCAAAGUUCCAUUAUGGGACACAUUAUUCAACAGCAAGUUUUACACUUACUUGGUUGUUAAGAAUCGAGCCUUUUACAACAUUCUUCCUAAACCUGCAAGGGGGAAAGUUUGACCAUGCAGAUAGAACAUUUUCUUCGAUUUCUCGGGCAUGGCGCAAUUGUCAGCGUGACACCUCUGAUAUCAAGGAGCUUAUUCCUGAAUUUUAUUAUCUCCCUGAGAUAUUUGUCAACUCCAAUAAUUACAAUCUUGGAGUGAUGGACGAUGGAACAGUUGUGUCUGAUGUCGAACUUCCACCAUGGGCCAAAACCCCAGAAGAUUUUGUUCGCCUGAAUAGAUUGGCCUUGGAGAGUGAAUUUGUUUCUUGCCAGCUUCACCAGUGGAUUGAUCUGAUUUUUGGCUACAAACAACAAGGGCCUGAGGCUGUCAGAUCCCUAAAUGUAUUCUACUAUUUAACUUAUGAAGGAGCUGUCAAUCUUAAUUCCAUAACGGAUUCUGUUUUGCGAGAGGCUGUUGAAGCUCAGAUCCGAAGUUUUGGACAGACUCCUUCCCAGUUGCUCAUAGAACCACAUCCCCCAAGAAGCUCUGCGAUGCAGGUGUAUCUCCUCCUGCAGAGUCCGUUGAUGUUCACAGACCAAGCUCAGCAAGAUGUCAUCAUGGUCCUAAAAUUUCCAUCCAACUCUCCUGUAACACAUGUAGCAGCCAAUACUCAGCCUGCUUUGGCAAAUCCUGCUGUCAUUACAGUUACUGCCAACCGACUGUUUGCUGUGAAUAAGUGGCACAAUCUUCCUGCUCAUCAAGGUGCCGUUCAGGACCAGCCAUACCAGCUGCCAGUGGAAAUCGAUCCUCUCAUAGCUAGCAAUACAAGUAUGCAUAGGAGACAAAUCACAGAUCUUUUAGACCAAAGUAUUCAGGUCCAUUCCCAGUGUUUUGUAAUCACUUCUGAUAAUCGAUACAUUCUGGUCUGUGGUUUCUGGGACAAAAGUUUCCGGGUGUACUCUACUGAUACAGGAAAGCUGAUACAAGUUAUAUUUGGACACUGGGAUGUUGUCACCUGCCUUGCCCGUUCAGAAUCCUAUAUUGGAGGAAAUUGUUACAUUCUCUCAGGGUCUCGAGAUGCAACACUGCUGUUGUGGUACUGGAAUGGCAAAACCAAUUCCAUUGGCGAUUAUGCAAAUGGUGAUUCUGCCACACCUCGCGCCAUCUUGACUGGACAUGACUAUGAGAUUACCUGUACAGCAAUUUGUGCUGAACUUGGCCUGGCAAUAAGUGGUUCUAAAGAAGGACCAUGUCUCAUACAUUCUAUGAAUGGAGAUCUGCUGAGGACGUUAGAACCUCCUGAAAAUUGUCUGAAAGCAAAACUCAUCCAGGCAUCAAGAGAAGGACACUGUGUCAUAUACUAUGACAAUGGUCAUUUUUGUGUAUUCAGUGUGAAUGGAAAAUUGCAAGCCACUAUGGAAACUGACGACAAUAUACGGGCAAUUCAGCUGAGCCGGGAUGGUCAGUACCUGCUUACAGGAGGAGACAAUGGGGUCAUCAUGGUGUGGCAAGUUUGUGACCUCAAGCAACUUUUUGCCUAUCCUGGUUGUGAUGCUGGCAUCCGAUCUAUGGCUCUUUCACAUGACCAAAGGUGUAUAAUGACAGGCAUGGCUUCUGGGAGCAUUGUACUUUUCUACAAUGACUUCAACAGGUGGCACCAUGAAUACCAAACCAGAUACUGAUGCUGGCACAAAUCCAACCAGCAUAUGCAGCUGCUCCCAGAUGAAGACUUGAAGCACAAGUCUCUUUUCAGUAUCUUGUUAGAGCCUCACUUCUUAUAAAUAGUUAAUAUAACAUCUGAAUGUAACUUAAACUUGCUGAGAAAUGCUAUUUUUUAAAAGUUUAUUGCUAUUUUUGUAGACCUUGCUUGACUUUUUGGGUAAAGGGGGGUGGUGGAAGAAGCAGAAAAUGGCUGCUGGGGUUCUGUAGCUUAAAAAGAAAAUCUAUAUUUUUAGUCAUAGUUUGUCUAUUUUGAUCCAAGCAUAGGGGAGAAACCUAAAUGAGAUGGCUAAAAUUCUUGUACUAGCUAUUAUUAUGAAAAGAAAAUCUCAUGUAAAUCUUUACAAUCUUAAGGAAUAUUUCAUUACAACAAUGGAAAUUGAUUAUAAUGCUGGAAGUUGCUUAUAAAACUGGCAUCUUAAACUGGGCUUGCCCCACCCUGGUUCGUAUUAUACAUUUGCAAUGAUUGUACUACUUCAAGCACUGAAUUUUCUGGAAAUCAAGACUAUUUAAAUUAUAUGCUAAAUGUAAUUUUGUUUCCAUCAGUGUAAUGAUCAAGCAUGCUUUUAAGUCUAGAUUAUUAGGUUUUCAAUUUGUUUUUGGGUUAUUGCUUUUUGUUUGUUUGCUGUUCUGUUGUGCAGCUGAUGAAGAGGAAAACAGCAGCAGGAUUGAUUUAUGAAGUGUAAGUCUUUAUUUUCCUCCUCUCCUAUUCCCAUGCACACUCAAAUGUGCAUUGUUUCUCAAAACCAAAUGUUGUGUUGCGGACUUGCAGUGUAUCCUCCCAUAAUUAGCUUCUGUCAUUUUUUGGAUCAUGUGUGUAGAUUUUAAUAACACUCCUCUCAUUGGCCUAUAAAGCUGAAGGCAGAAAAUAACUGGAAGCCCGUCUACAGAAAUCAUACUUUUGUUUCCAUUCUAGAAGCAGCUUAUGAAAGCUGUGUAGCACAAGCCAUACCCAGUGCUAUUCUCCAAAAUGAGAUAUGUUUGCAUCUUUCCUUCCCCAAUCAUGUUGACAAUACAGAAUACACUUUCUUCCAGCUCUUUGGAAUGGAAAUGCAAGUUUAUACUCUGGAACAAUGUAUUUUGGUGUUGCAUAAAUUCUACUUUUUCUACAAGAUUGCUGUGCAGAAUUCUGUGAAAAUACUUGUGAAAGGAACUGUACCGUUUUGUAGGCCUGUAUUGCAUAAAUACUUUGUACGUUGUACCUUGUUAAAGUUUGAAAUUUACAUUCCAUAUCUCUUGGUAUAUAAUUUUCUUCAGCUGCUUACUUGAAGCAGGUCCCAUCUCCCCAUUGCCCCCCUCCUCCAGCUACUCUCUCUUGCAGUGAAGAUCUAAAAGGGGAAAAUUCAGUUUGAAAUAAGAAAUUAAAUAAAAUGAUAUUUGUAAUUUAAUGAA